GGCUGGAAUGUUGUGAGGGGCGUGGUCUACCGCGGGGCGCGUCUAAUGGGCGGGGCUUCGUCCUUUUGGAAAGCUGGUCCGCCAAAUUCAAACUGAGAAAGAGAAGUGCGGAUUUACAGCUCAGGCCGGAGGAUCCAUCAGCCAGGAGACGCUUCUCACACACCAGUUCCCAUCAUGUCAUCAGCGAUUGUGAGCAGCAUGAGCGGUUUCAGUUCCACCGUGUCUGGGAUGUGGCGUUCGCACAGCACGCUCUCCGAGUCAGAACCCGAGAGUUCCCCCGAGGCGGUGCAGCAGUUUCGGAAGCUACGUUCCUCCAGCUCGCUCAACUCCCUGCGCAUGUCUCUGAGAAAGAGGCUUCCUCUGAAGACCGUGCAGCCCACCAGCAACAUCUCUGAGAAUCAGAGCAUCGAGGUGUUCCAGAACAGCAAGAAGACUAGCGCCGUCACCCAGAUGAAGCGCACUGCCAAGAACACUAUUGGCAAUGCUUAUCAGAGGUUUCAUAAGAGCACACAGUCACGUGAGGAGUGUCUGGUCAGGACGCCUGGCAAAAUCCUCGAAGGAGAAGAAAACAGGCGCACUCCGAUGUCUGCACGCACCCAGAAACGACAAGCCACGACCCCCAGGCACACACCGAGAUCAGCCACGAAACGCACCCCACGAGCCACAGCCACUCCUGAGCCGAGCGAUUCGGCUGUCAGAGCGGUGAAGACGGGAGGAACCAGGAGGCAGCUCGUACGCAUGGCAGCGCUGAGGAGCCCUUUCGCAUCUCCCAACACAGCCAGCCGGCGCAGGCUGCUCGAUCAGGAUCUGGACAGCGUCUCAAAAGGCCUCGGAAAACUAAAGCGUCUCUCUCAGGCGUUUGAUGAAGCCAUUGGAAGGGAUGAACGGAGUGAGGCCAUGGAGCAUUACAGGACAGUGAUGACUCAGGGCCACGAUUCCAGCUCCAGUAUAAGCGGCACGACGGGGAAAUUAAACAGACCCUUCAUCCGGCAGCAGAGUCGGCAAAUCCGGCACCGGGUGGGCAGCUGGACCGACAGCGCUCUCUCGAACUUCCGCAAAACCACAUGAAUCUGCGUUUCCUACUAUUGGUUAUAUUUUACUGUUUUUUUGUUUCUAUUUGUUUGUCUUUAUUAGUCACAUUGUCUUUGUCUUUUCUAUUAAGAAGUGUAUCGUAUGGUCACACUGACACACAGUGUGAUCUGCUGGAUUGAGCCAAAUUUGACCAAAUUUCUUGUCAUGCUGUUACAGUUCAAAGGUCAUGGUUGUUCAUAUUCUAGAAAAGCAACCAAAAAAAACUUUUGCAUAAAAAUUUCAUUUCAACGAA